AUGGCGGGGGUUGACGAGCAAAGUCUCGACCAGUUUGAGAGAGAGAGAGAAAGAGAGAGGAGCAAACUAGGAAGCAACGAAGAGCCAAGAGCAAUUGGAGAUGGCAAUGUGCUGGCUUGCCACGGGCAAAGGAGCCUAUCUCUUUACCCUAAUGGAAACGAGCAUGAUAAUGGAGCGAAGCACAUUUCCCUCUAUUUGUCCAUAGAGGAAAGAGAUAAACUUUCCAAUGGCCGGAAGGAUUGGAAAGUUGAUGUCAACUUCAAGCUUUUUGUGUAUGACCAGAAACGACACGAGUACUUGACCAUCCCAGAUGCUGCUGGGAAAGUGAGCAGCUUCGACAGCUCGAAGACCCGGUGGGGGUUUCCUCGGUUUCUUUCCUUGAAAAAAUUCAAAGACCCUUCAAAUGGAUACCUUAGCCCUAGGGACCAGUCUUGUACAUUUGGGGCUGAGGUUUUUGUCAUCCGACCUUGGGAGGAGUCUUUUACCCUGAUCAGGAACCCGGAUAACAACACCCGCCGUUGGAGUUUCACAAACUGGUCCCAAUUGGGCGCGCAUUGCUAUUCCGAUGAGUUUGAAAUCGGAAAAAGGAAAUGGAAGUUAUUGGUGUAUCCCAAUGGCAUUGCGGCCCGCAAGGGAAAGUCCCUGUCCGUUUACUUGGAAGUGCAACGCCUCACAGGGAAGAUGCAAGUGUAUGCAGAAUUCCAUUUGCGUGUGUUGGACCAACUCAAACAUAACAAUAAGGAGGAAAAAAUUGAAUGUUGGUUAAGUGCCUCGGAUCCCAAAGGCGGUAAAGCAGAUUUCAUGCCCUCGAAGGAUCUCCAGAAAAAGGCAAAAGGGUUUGUUUGCAGUGAUACACUGAUGGUUGAAGUCCAGAUCCAUGCCGUAUCAGCCAAGCAAUCUUUAAAGCUUGUAGGAGCUCCAUGACUUGCUUCAACAUUUAUUGUGUCAGAAUAAAUUCCUUGAGAAUAAUGGGUACUGACCAACCAACAUUGGAAUCGGUACCUUCAAAAACAUGUGAAUUUUGUGUUCCUAAUUUGGCUUCUGGUCUUCAGUCGAGUCGAAAGUUUACUUUUUUUUGUCAGAGUUGAGUCGAAAGUUUGGCUAGUCUGUUUUUGGAGUGGUUUUACUACGUAGAAGUCCAAAAACAGGAGUAUGCUUUGUGCAAUUAAGAUGAGAUGGGUUACCAAACAUGUUUCAAUGUGUGUGAUCAAAAUAU